UCGAAUUUGAAAACUAUUUCAGUUGUUGGGUGUUUAACGAACGCGUAGCAUACGCCAAUUUCCCAUACAAAAUAGAAAAAAAAAAACGAACGAAAUUUAUUCUUUUCCCAAGAUAAAUUUCGUUUAGAACAAAUUUAAGAUUUUGUUUAUUUUUUUGAUAAAUUGUUCGCGCAACAAAACCCAACAUCAUGUUGUUCUCCUCAAUGAUUGAGGCUGCUCAAAAUUCGCCUUUCAAAAAGCCUUUCUCCACAGCCAGCUGUGAACCAGCUAUGGAAAAGGGUCAAUUGACCGAACAUCAUCAUAUCCAAGCUGCUGCAACUGCUGAAGGAGAUUCCUGUGAAUUCGGUUCCAAUUUAUAUUUUGCCCUCUGCGGCUUGGGCGGUAUCAUCUCCUGUGGUACAACACACACAAUGGUCGUACCAUUGGAUUUGGUCAAGUGUCGUCUGCAAGUCGAUCCUGCCAAAUAUAAGAGUGUCGUCAAUGGUUUCCGUGUCACCUUGGCCGAGGAUGGUUUCAAGGGUCUGUCGAAGGGCUGGGCACCCACCUUCUUUGGUUAUUCCGCCCAGGGUCUGUGCAAAUUCGGUCUCUAUGAAGUGUUCAAAGUUAUCUAUUCCAAUGCCAUUGGUGAGGAGAAUUCUUACUUGUACAGAACUUCAUUGUAUUUGGCUGCUUCUGCUUCGGCUGAGUUCUUUGCUGAUAUUGCUUUGGCCCCCAUGGAGGCUGCCAAGGUAAAGAUCCAGACCACACCCGGUUUUGCCAACACCCUGAGAGAGGCUUUGCCCAAGAUGUCGGCCCAGGAGGGUAUUGGUGCCUUCUACAAGGGUUUGGUGCCAUUGUGGAUGCGUCAAAUUCCCUAUACCAUGAUGAAGUUUGCCUGCUUUGAAAGAACUCUGGAAUUGUUGUAUGCCUAUGUUGUGCCAAAGCCACGUCAAGAAUGUACCAAGGGUGAACAGUUGGUGGUCACAUUUGCUGCCGGUUAUAUUGCUGGUGUAUUCUGUGCUAUUGUUUCACAUCCUGCUGAUACUGUUGUUUCCAAAUUGAAUCAAGCCGCCAAGGGUUCCUCGGCUUUGGAUGUUGCCAAGGCAUUGGGCUGGAGCGGUUUGUGGGGUGGUUUGGUACCCAGAAUUGUCAUGAUUGGUACCCUGACCGCUGCCCAAUGGUUCAUCUAUGAUGCCGUCAAAGUAUACUUGCGUAUGCCCAGACCACCACCACCAGAAAUGCCAGAAUCUUUGAAAAAGAAGUUGGGCCUCACACAGUAAAGACAUCACAACAACCAAAUCACAAUUUUUGAGUUUAAAUUUUAGCUAAUUUUAUUGUAAAUUUAAUGAAUUCUGUAAAUGACAUAAUAACGUUGUACGAUGGAUGCUGCCAAGCGUCCCGAUAUACAUACAUGCAUAAAUGAUGGCAUAAUGCCAUCAUCAUGAUCAAAUCAGUGAUAAUGUAUUUAAAAUUGUUAACGAUUUAAAGAUGAAACACGAAAUAAUGAAAAUAAAGAGAGGAAAAUUGUAGUAAA